AAAAUUGGAAGACGCAUUAAUAAUUGCAAAUGAAUUCGAAAAGAAGUCUUGUAUUAUAAACAUUAUUGGUGCAAUUGAUGGUACCCAUGUUCCAGUCUUGCCGCCAAGUGAUGGAUUCUUAGAUUUUAUAAAUAGAAAAGGAUGGCCUUCGAUUGUAAUGCAAGGGGUCGUAGAUAACAACUAUUUGUUUACAGACGUCAGCGUGAAGCUUCCAGGUAGUACUCACGAUGCGACGGUAUUUAAGGAAUCAGGAUUAUUCAAAAACUGCUCAACCAGUAUUCCAAUAUACACAAAAUUGGUAAAUAAUAUAGAAACGCCUCUAUUUCUUGUUUGGGACCCUGCAUAUCCUCUUCUUCCAUGGUUGAUGAAGCCAUUUAUUGGCAACUUAAAUGCUGAAGAGGAAUCGUUCAAUUGCCACUCAGUUGAGUUCCGCACAAAUAGUGGUAGAAAACGCAUUCGGCAGAUUGAAAGGACGCUGGCGAUGCAUUGCAAAACGAAUCGAUGUCGACCCUGCUUUCGUUCCACAAGUUGUUCUGGCUUGUGCAAUUCUACACAACUAUGUUGAGCAGCAGAAGGAAUCAUAUUUGGAGUUCUGGUCCCAAUCCGUCCAAGAAGACAUACAUUACUUACAGCCACAAGAUACUAUUACAAGUGAGAUAAUUAGCGAAAGAACCAUCCAUCCCAAAGAUUUGCGAAAUAAUAUUAAAAAUUGGCUGAAAGACAAUUAUCCUUUACGAACAUCACAUUUCUAACAAUUUUUUCCUACUCAUAAAUAUUUCAGUUAGCGGAAUCAUACUAUUGAAUAUACUCGU